AGACUCAGACUUAUGAUUGAAAGAGACUAUGCCUCCUUGGUUUUAGGUGUAACUUAGGUUUUAAAAAAGACAUUUGUUAUCUUUAUGUGGGACAUCGCGUGUUCAUCAGCUGUGUCCUCUUCCACAUCAAACAAAAAUGCAACGAAAGAUUUUACGAUGACUCAAGACGGUCCACUGCUGUGACUGAAGAUAACUGACUGGUCAGUAUGGGUCAUAUACCACGGGAGAUAUAGUGUGUGAAUAGUGUGUGUAACCAUGUCUCACGUCCACUGUGAAGGUUGUGUCAGUCGCCAUUGUGCGGUCAAGGCUGACUACACCACAAGCUGCCCAAUGGCUGUCUGUGAAGUUGGUUGUGGAGCCAGGUUUCAUCAAUGUCUACAGUCAGAACACUCCAGCCUGUGUCCAGACGAACGAGUUGCAUGCAUCAACUUCCUCUAUGGUUGCCCUCUUGUUAUGCAGCGGAAGAAACUAGGAAUUCAUCUUGAAGUGUGUCCUGCUAGUGUUCUGUGUUGUCCCAUUGAAUGGAACCGAUGGCCAAUGUAUUCUGUGGAAGAUAAGAAAAAGAUGCCACUGCCUUCCAAUAUUCUGAAAGUUCAUUGUGGGCAGCUGGAUGUUGCAUUGGCAAUGCGGGACCAAAGGAUGUUGGUUGAAACACUGAAUGCUCCCAAAAAGACAAAGAGAAUAUUGCGAAAUCGCCUCACCACUAGAUACCCAGCAGCCCCUUUCAGUCAUCGAAGUAGCUCAAUGGAAUCUGACAUGCUCACAUCAGAAGAAACUUCAAGAAAUGUGUCUGAUGACGAAGGUGGUAAUACGCCAUGGAACCUGGGGAACUAUCCCCCAGGGCUGCAACGUAGCGUGUGUAGUCGACUUAUCAGAGCCACCAAACAAACUGCCGAAUGUCUUUCAACAACACUCGAUCUCGCUUCCAACCAUAUGGCUAAUUCAAGCCAUUCUCUGAAGAAUAUUAAUGAGACUAGUGAGCAAGGAAACAAGAAGACCAACCAAGUGCCCAGUGAACAGUCUAAUCCGAUGCCAGAUGUCUCCAGGUGUGAUAAUACUGAAGAACCUGUUGACACUGAUAGCCUUCCACCUGCUCAAGAUGUGGAUGAAACAGCCACAACAAACAACAACAACAAGCACCUGACAAGGAAACUAGACAAUGAUACACGGCUCUGUGAUGUCCUUGGUGUGGACAUCAACAUAGACUGCAUCACAAAGUACCAACCCAAACCUCCUGAAAUGUUCACGUUUUUAUGUGCUCAGGAAUUCCGUCGAGAUGAGUACGCAUGGCACUUUAAGAAUGUUCACAAUGAUAUCCAAAGUUGCUUGAAUGGAUGGAUGGAACAAAGAUGUCCUCUGGCAUAUCUUGGGUGUACAUUUUCCUUUCGGCGCUUUCAGCCUAGUAAACAUGGUGUGUCUAUUGUACAUAGUGCAUUAUUAGAAAGCUAUGGUUUAGCAGAAACAGUUGAGAGCAAUGUUUCAAUUACCACCAAAGUUCAAUGUGACAAGCCCGAAUCCGAUGAUAUGGACACAAACUGUCUAACUCAAAAUGUCAGCCCAGAUUGUGAACACAAUAAUCAGACACCUGUCAAUGAAUAUGAUUAUGAUCAUCAUUUGUUACCCCGUGUGCAAUACAAGACCACCACGACCUCACAGCACAGUGUGGAGUCGGAGUCUACCUCGGACUGUGCUCCCAAGCCUGCCGGUGAUCACCUGGAUAUGGAAGUAUUCACCUCAUACCGAGCCUACUCUCCAAUAUCUGUGCAGUCCCGCCUCUCUAAACCAGAUGCUCCUGCUUGGAAUGAUACAGGUAUGGAGUUUCUGAAGCUUCCCUUCGAGGUGCUGCAGCACAUUGCCAGACACUUAGACUCGUUCAGCCUGUGUAACCUGGCCCUCACUUGUAAACUGCUUCGUGACAUCUGCUGCAGUCUGCUGGAUGAACGUGGCAUAGUCAUACAGGUCUGGGAGAAGGUCAAGGAUGCAGAGCAGAAGGUCACUUGGCAGUCAUAUUGUAAUAGGUGGCGCUUCAGCACAGCCUUCAGCCCAGUGGAACAGUGGCAGUUUUCUGGCCAUAAUCCCAUCGGGGAACAUCUCAAAACUUGUGCCUUCAACCAGAACCGAAUCAUAAGAGACAAACCCUUCUUUGUGUACCCUCCCGGUGAUGCUCCCAUGGACCACGAGCUGCGGUCACUGUUGGCGGAACGGCAGCGUGAGUCUGUGUCGGUGAAGCUGCGUGAACUUCAUCAGUGGUAUCAGCAGUUUCAGGAUGUGCCAGAAGGCGGGCGAGGCAACAAUGAACAUGUCAUGGAGAACUGAUCUAGAACAACUUUGGAGGAUGUUUUUUCUUUGAAGUUAAUUUGUAACCAAAAAUUUUACUGAAAGCAAGACUGAAACUGAUGCUUUAAAAUGUAAUGUUGAUACAUGUUAUGGAAAUGGGCUUAUGUCUACUGAUGCUUGAGUGGUUAUUUCAGGCCCUCAUUACAUAGAUCAAUCAUUAUUAAGCUUACAUGGACAUAUUUGUGAUGUUUUAGAAUACCAUGUAUUUCACAAAAGUCAGUGUGGAAAGUCUGAAAGUCACAAAUUGGAAAGUCUGAAACUGUUUCUUAUAUAUAUUUAUACAACGUGAACAGUCUGAGGUUUGGUUUGACAGGCUGGGUUUGAAUGUUUUAAUGUUUGUGUUGUGAUGCAUUGUCUAUUGCACAACAUUUCCAUUUGCAAUAUCUCUGAAACUACAAGGGCUAUGGAGUUGAUUAUGGCAGUUGUGUUGCUAUGUUGCUAUAAUAUCUUAUAAUGAUUCACCACAUUUACAUUAUUCAAAUAUGUAAAAACUAUUAUGGCCCCUGUUUUUCUAGUGUUGGAUUUUUUACUUUUCAUGUAAAACUACAAGGCCUAAGGAUUUAAAACAAACAUUCCCAGGAAUGGUCUUAGCUAUGGUCUUUCUAGAAAUUGUUCAAAGAUUUUGA